UAAAAGCAAAUUAUUAAAAAUGAUCAUUGCUUAUUAAUGCAAUGCAAAAUAAAAAGGCAUUUCUGAAGAUAUUAAUAUAAAUUUAACACAGAAAAGAGGAUAAAUUUACUUAAAAAUCCUUUCGUGAAAAAUUACCCAAUUUUUGGGUUAUUUUUGUCACCGACAUCGAAAUGUCAAAUUUUGCGCAACGGGGAGCGAUUCGUGCUCAACCUCUCAGCCGAGCUGUCAAAUGUUUGUUUAUCUGGCUGGCGCUUCGCACACGCACGGUUCGUUUAUAUAAUUAUUCCUGCAAAAAAUACGCAAUUUCGCAAUGUUUCGCAUUCCGGCUCUGCGCUUCAUUAACCGUGCGGUGGUGGUGAAUGGACAGGCUGGUCGGUUUAUCGCCACCGGAGCACCGGUCUGCAACUCGACCGACGGUGGCUACCGUCCACCGACACCGAUGAUUGACCUGGAGGACAAAUCGCUCCCCAUUCCCGAGUACAAGCAGAAGAAAAAUGAACCGCUGCAGCUGCAAAAGUCACGCCUACUGUAUCAGUCGCGCAAACGUGGUAUGCUCGAGAACGGCCUGCUGCUCAGCACGUUCGCCGCCAAGUAUCUGGCGGAGAUGAGCCCCGCCCAGACGAAGCUGUACGAUCAGCUGAUCAACCUGCCGUCGAACGACUGGGACAUCUUCUACUGGGCGACGGGCGUGAAGCCGACGCCGAAAGAGUACGACAACGAGGUGAUGAACAUGCUGAAAAAUCACGUCAAGAACAACGACCGCGAACAGCGGUUCAUGCAGCCCGACCUGUACGCCAAAGCGAACUGAAAAGCCUGUUGUCUGUUAAUCAAUAAGAAAGUAUUUAUUUGCCUCCCAAA